AUGGGUGGAUUUUCAAAAAAAAGUUCGAGAACAAAAACUAAAAAGAAGAACAGUAAACAAACGAGAAGCAAAAAAAGGAAGCAAAGUGUGAAGAGGAAUGCAGUCACCAAAUCGAAGACCCGGACCCGGAAUAGAUCUCAGACGACGUCGAAGAGUGUCACGGUGACGCCGACGAAGGAGAACUCGGAAGAGGGUGUUGCUCCACGGAGGAAGCCACCGAGCAAUAGAGAAAAAGAGUUUAAGGAGCAGGAACCGGAAUCCGAGGGAAGAAAAACGGAGGAGUGUGCGGCGUCGAAGAGCAAGGGAAGUCAGGCCCUUUCGAGUCAAGCAGAGCAGACGAAGAAAGUGGAAGUGAAGAAUGUGGAUCCAGAUGAAGAGAAGAUGAAACGACUUCUGAAAAAGCUGAAAAGUGCAAAAAAGGAACCCAAGGCUCCCCAAUUGCCAAUAGAUGAGAAAUCAAAGUUACUCAUGGAUCGAGUCGUCAAGAAACCGUAUCCUCUGAAGUAUGUGACGAAGAGUAAAGAGGAAUUGUUGAUGGAUGAGAAGUCUUCGUUCUUCAAACCUUCCACCAUUUCAUCGAACUCCAAAAGACAUCAACAGGCGGUGGGGGAGACUGAUAGUUAUGACAGUUUUCCAAAGUUGGCGGAUGUUGUGAAGAUGAAAGGACAGAAUAUCUAUAUUUCGGAUGGAGUCACUCCGUUUUGGGCAGAGUAUAUGUCACCGUUGCCGAAGGAUAAGGUCGGAAUCGAGGAGCCCGUCUCCGUCGACCAAGACCAUCUGGAGGCGUACAACGAGCAUCGAAUCACUCUGAAGACGUGCAACGACAAGAAUCCAGUGAUAAUGAACUCGUUCCAGCCGAUGAGUGAGCUCAGGAAACGAGACGAACUCCAUUUCCACGACCAUUUGAUAUUCUCGAAUACGGUGAGAUCAAUGGUGAAUGUGAUGAGUCCGUUGAGUAGUGCGUUGACUGCUGAUGCGAGAUCCGAUCCAAUUCGUACCGCCCGUGAUGUUCGUUUGAAGGUGUCUAAAUCUAAGACGACUGCCACAACGACGGUCGGUGAAGAUUGA